UGCUCCGCAAAUCGGAAAAUCAAAGCUUUUGAUACACCGUUCAUUAGUUUUCGAGUUUUACAAAGCUGGUUUUGCAUGUCUGAAACUGUUUUAGCUUUUAAAGCUGUUUAGUUUUUAAUUCAGACGUUUAUUGUCUGAACUUUUGCUGUGUUUUGCUAGAUACUGCACAAUUUAACGCAAAGCGUUUUCGGUCGUUGUUAUGCAUUUUCCUAUAAUUUAUCAUAACUAUAAUGACUCACGCGAAUGCAGCUAUGGUUGCUGAGAAGUCCUCUGGAUCACGGGACAAUAAUUCGAAUGCCCUAAAAGCUGCUGAACGUAGACAGGGAUUUCUGGAACGUCCGUUUUGGCCCUACAACGAGAGGACUUCCAACAGUGUGAACGCCAGUAUUGCAGCUGCUGUUUCCGGACGCACAAGCCGUUCGCAUGCGGCUGUCUCCAGCACGCUGUAUAGAGGAAUGAAGCAUCAUGGCUCGCAGCCUAGCGCUCUGAAAAGUCUGGAUGCCGUGCGCGUUGUCAUCCAAAAGUAUAUCAAUCAGGAUUUUGACGCAAUUCUGCAAAAAUACGCCAAGGAUUAUUUGGAACCAGCUAUAAAAAAUUUGCGGAAUGAUAGCGGACAUGAAGCCGUGAGCGAUAACUUACUGAAUUUGGCGCUGUGCAAAAUUCUAGAUGAAGCAAAGAAAAUGUACGAACCGGCCCCACCGCCACCACCACCUGUUGUUAUCACUCCGGCGGUUGUUCGUUCUACGAGUCCGUACAGCAACAUUUCCGAAGCGGAAGUUCUGCAGGAGCCGUUUGCUCGUUACGGUAAUCGGCGAGAGUCAGAUGGGGGCGACUCGUAUUCCAGUGGCGGAUCGUCGGCCAAACGACUCAAAACAGAACAACCAAAGCGCCCUCGAGGUGCCCCGAGGAAAAAUCCACAGCCGGAAGGGAUUUUGAAAACCUUCAAAAGCACUGUCGACCUUUUCAACUUGCCCCAGGAUACCAAAUUUAUGUUAGGAUCUUCAGCUAACAAGGUGUUGGGAUUUGAAAGCGCUCGUGGUCGAAUAUAUGCCAAGCAUCCUGAUCUCUUUAAAUACGCUGGUGAUUCCGAAGAUAAAGUAUGGUUCUUUGAAAACAAAAUCAUGACAGCAGCUGGUGGGAAAGCUUUUUUGGUGAUUGCGGAGGACAUUCGGGAAAUCCUCCGGCAAGAUACGUCGGUGCCACGAGGAAAACUUGCCGGAGCGAAAGAAUUUACCAUUCCCGGUUUUAUUUUGGACAAAGUCCGUGCCAAAGCCGAACGACAUGCUACAGCUAUCGCAGAAAAUCGACCUCGAAGUGUAUCAAGCUUAUCUUCUGGUAUCUCUGGGAGUUCACCUGCUCCAGUUUCCGAAAAUGAUCCGGAACCGGAAGAAGAGUCUAUAUCGCCUGUAUCCAUCAAAAGCGAAGGUUACGAACAGAACCCUUCUGUAAUGCGCAACAGAAAUUUCCCGACUCAGGAAAGCCCUUCGGAUAACGUUUUCUACAGUCCAAUUAUGAGUGACGAAGUAUUUUCUGAUGGCAACGACGUAUUUGUGGGGGAUGGUCAAAGUUUUUCCGCUGGAUCUUCACUGGAUCCCAGUGCCGGCACGAUGCCCGGUCAUCAUUUUAACGGACUUGCGCCGAUGGGUUUUUAAUUCUUUUAACCACAACUGCUUUGGUUUUUAAACCUUUUUUACGUUUGAAUCUGUAUUUUACAUUAGUUACCUUUUUACUACAUGUUUGAUUGCCUACGUUGCGGUGCGUUGGUCGCUAUUUCGUUGUAAACUCUUGCAUACCGGUAGGUUGAUGUCGAUAUUUCUUCAAGUUUAGCAAAGUUUAUAGUUGCCAGUAUAUUUUUUUAUUACGUUGCGUUGCAGUCUGUUUUUGAGUACGGUGACUACUGUCCAAUAGACGUUUUAUGGUUAUUUUGUCACUGGUCUCUUAUAAAUGGAUUUUAUUUGAAAAUGUUGUGCUGUACGGUGGAGAAAAACGAACUAGUAAAAAGUUGU